AUGGACAGCACGCCGAACACGAAUAUCCAUACAAUUGUCAGGGCUCAGAUUGUAUUCCUCUUGUCGACCUUAACGGAGGAGAAUUUUGAAAGGAAUCAAGCCGAAAUUCGCUCACUGUCCGAACAACAUGGAAUCGAAACGUAUUUGCACUUCAUACGGCGGCUCAUUGUUCACUCACAGCAGCGUCUCGUCUCUGGAACGACCCCUCCCUCUCAAGACAUGUUAUCUACCCUUACUUUUCGACUUCUCGUUCAAGAAACACAGCGACUUGCGCACGACCCUACCCUUGCAGACCGAUUUCGUGACGGUAUAGACAGAGGAGACGGCGACCUGUUCCGUCAUUUUGAUCUUGUACGAUUUACUGAUCGUACAGGCCUGCGUCCCCUCGAAAAGCUCGUCCUCGCAGCUUCUUUUCUUGCACCUACAACUCGAAAGGAAUUGGCGACGCAGGCGGCCACCAUCAUACGUCACGAAUUCGACAAUGCCAUUCUAUCCCUCUGCCACAACCCUUCCUUUGACAAUGCCGAUAUAGCUCCCAUCCAAGCGUCAAAACUCGUCUACAAGCUGCUCUCCGAUCUACCCCCCGAGUCUCCUGUUAUAGAUGCGCAACAACGGCAGGCUUUGAUAGUCGCGAUACAGAACAAAUUUGGCCAGGAGCAUACGUCUGCCAUCCUACACCGUGUUAUACCUACUAUAAGCCUUCCAGCUGGGACUACUCUCGUUCAGUUCUUGGUUCAACUCGGUCAAGAUGUCACAAGCGACCCGGAUGUUGUCCGGGCGGCAUUGCAACGAUUUGGCAUCUCGGAAGCAUCUCCGCCUCGCGACAACCAGGCGGUAGAGAUAGUAUCAUCACUGGCACGAUUAGCAGCCGAAGGAUCAACAGUAUGCGACAUGGGAGUCUUGGUUCGGGUGCUCAGUGGGUUGAACGUUACCUUGAACUGGGCCAGCGUCAUCAAGUCCUUUGACUGGCCUGACCGUCAUGGUGUCGACACUGCAACUCUCAAACUUCUGAUUGCUAUUCUCCUUAGCGUCCCCCGUGAUGCGGAUCCACAUGCCGUCACUGGCUUUUGGGAACCGUGGAAUAACCAGUUGUAUCAUCUACGGUUGCUUGAUGCCCUUCUCUCGCUUCCCCCAGACACCUUCAAUUUCGUACAACUCCCAGGUCAUCGAAUCGUGACAGUCGACGAUGUUUCUAUCGCAAGUCCCACAAUCAAAGCCCUGGCCGCCAACGUUCAAGGUCAUACGUGGAACUCGUUAGAUUUGUUCGAAGUCUUGGUUCGGAUGGCGGACUCGGAUUCGGCGGAUGUGAAGUCCUGUGUCAGAGACAUGCUUGAUAAAGCCAUCAAAAUAAGUGCCGAACUUGUGCAUAUGGGCCUUUUCCAAGUACCGUCGCAAAACUGGAACGAAAUUCGCCGCGAAUACUGUCGCAAGUUGCUGUCGAUGUUUCUCGCGGGACAUCCAAAUCAUCAAUUAGUAUUCAUGCGAAUGUGGCAGAUUGAACCGACGUAUCUUACGGAUGCGUUCCGCGAUUUCUACGACGAAAACCCUCUCAAUAUCUCCAGAAUUCUCGAUGUCGCGCAAGAUCUCAAGAUCUUGGACUCGCUCCUCGAGGUCCGCCCCUUCACCUUCGCUCUCGAUGUCGCCGCCCUCGCUUCGCGAAGGGAGUACUUGAACCUCGACAAGUGGCUUGCCGACAAUGCAGCAAAUCACGGCGGAGAGUUUCUUCAUUCUGUCAUCGUUUUCCUCGACCAAAAGAUGGAGAGUGAGAAGGUCUCUAGAAUAUCCGUCCCUCCCAUAGAGAACCGUACCAUGACCCUUAGUCCCAGCACCAUCACCAUUAUCCUUCGAAUGUUGAGAAACAACACCUCAAUCAUGAGUGAAUCCGACGCCAAAUAUUGCCUUGAAGUACGCAACGCUUGCCUCCAAAUCCAUCCUCGCUUGAUGGAUUUGACACCUGGAUCCGAAACCGAACCCGGGUUUACGGUGAUAAACUACUCUCAAGAGAUCGAAGCCGAGGUCGAUGCUAUCUACAAACAAAUGUAUGAUGAGAAUACGACCAUCGACGAAGUCAUCGUCCGCCUCCAACAACACAAAGAUUCCACCAAUGCCCGCGACCACGAAGUCUUUUCGUGCAUGCUUCACUUCCUCUUCGACGAAUACAAAUUCUUCCAAUCCUACUACCCGGCUCGGGAGCUCUCAAUGACUGGAUACUUGUUUGGCUCGCUUAUCCAGCAUCAAUUGAUCGACUACAUCCCCCUCGGAAUUGCCAUUCGCUACAUUCUCGAUGCCUUGAACUGCCCUCCGGAGACAAACCUUUUCAAGUUUGGGACCCAAGCUUUGUCACAAUUUGAAUCCCGAUUGUCCGAAUGGCAGCCUUUGUGCGAGGCGCUCCUCAACAUCCCCCAUCUAAUCGAAGCCCGCCCGGACCUGGUUGCUAGCAUUCAACGCGCUCUCGCUGCUGCCCAGGAUGGUAAUGGCAUCGGGGAUGCUGGCAAGCUACCGGGACCUCUGGCACUGGAACCUCCAUCCGGUUUCAACGCUAUUCAGCCGGACGUAAUAGAGGGAGAAAUAGAGAGUCCACCAGAGGAACUUUCGGACCGCAUCCUAUUCAUCGUCAACAAUCUCGCGCCGAACAACUUCGAUGACAAACUAAAGGAGAUGAAGUCCCAGUUUGAGGAUGCUCAUGCUCGUUGGUUCGCCAAUUACCUCGUUGACCAGCGUAUCAGUGUUGAAGCAAACAAUCAUCAACUCUACCUCCGCUUUUUGGACGCCCUCAACCGCUCACGGCUGUCGAAGUUCAUUCUUCAGGAGACACUGGUGAAGUCUGCGGCACUGCUCAACUCAGAAAAGGCCAUGCAGGUUGGGAGUACGGAACGGACAAUGUUGAAGAAUGUCGGCAAGUGGCUGGGGGAAAUAACAUUGGCACGCGACAGGCCGAUAAAACACAAAAACCUGUCCUUCAAGGACCUUCUCGUAGAAGGAUACGACACUGGUCGUCUUGUCGUUGCCAUUCCAUUCGUCUGCCAGACGAUGGUCCCAUGCCAAAAGUCCAAGGUGUUCAAGCCUCCAAACCCAUGGCUCAUGGGUGUCCUGGGUCUCCUUGCCGAGCUAUAUCAAUAUGCCGACAUGAAGCUGAACCUCAAGUUUGAGAUUGAAGUUCUUUGUCAAGCUUUGAAUGUCGCACUCGAUUCUGUAGAACCCACCAGCAUCAUUCGGAAUAGGCCGCUGGGCGACACAUUGGCUGGGCCACCUCUCCCCGAAUACGUCCCGGAUAUUGACUCCCUUCCCAUUGGUGGUUAUCACCCCUCCUCCCAGCUUGUUGCUGACUCCCAGGUGUUGGCUUUGGGCACAUCUAGCCCAGGCGAAUCUCAUCGAGCCAUGGGCGCUCAUAUCGAAUCCAUCCUCACAAACCUCGUACAUCAAGUGUUCAUCAGCCCUCAGCUUGCUCCGCUCAACACUAACCCUGCGUUCAAACGCGCUGUUCAACUUGCCGUUGAUCGGGCUGUUCGAGAGAUCAUUCUCCCGGUGGUCGAGAGAUCCGUCACUAUUGCAGGCAUUUCGACUAGGGAGUUGGUGACCAAGGACUUUGCCACAGAGCCCAACGAAGAUCGCUUUCGUAAGGCUGCUCAUUUGAUGGCUCAGCGCCUUGCUGGUAGCCUAGCCCUGGUAACUUGCAAAGAACCGUUGAAGAGCAACCUUGCUACUCAUCUACGGCAGUACCUUGCUGAUCACGGGUUUGGUGAUUUGCCUGACCCUGUUAUCAUGGUUCUAGUCACGGAUAACCUAGACAUGGCAUGUAGCGCAAUAGAAAAGUCGGCUAUGGAUCAAGCUGUUACGGAUGUUGAUGAAAACUUCGCCACAUCGUACGAGGCCCGGCGUAGACAUCGCGAGAUUCGUAACGGACAACCAUUCUGGGACCCAACUGCUCCCCAAGUCAAUUUCUCUAUCACCCUGCCGGAUCCUCUACGGGUGAAGCCUUCAGGGUUACAGCCACAUCAGGUUAAUGUUUAUGAAGAUUUCGUCAACGACCAAAAGCGCAGAAUGACUAGCCGCCCCAACUCUACCAUGUCGUUUUCUAGAAGCGAGCACAUCCCCCCGACGGCAUACUCAGCUUCGCCAGCCCCAGAAGCGCAAAUGUCUGGUCGUCCUUAUCUAACCCACCAAGAUGUUAUGGAUCGAUUCGCCGCCCUCAUCAAGGAUUUGGAGGCGGUAUUAAUGCAACUCCCCGUUCAGUCGCUAGCAGCCCUGCCACCUAACCACGAUGUUCGACAUCUGGUCAGACAAGUAUUGUUCCUAGCUCAAGAAGCUGCCGACAAGCAAGGGACCCCUCUUCAGAUGUCGCAGAAAAUCGUUCAACUGCUUUACAAGACCCCAUCUCAGUUGGGUCGUGAAGUUUAUGUCGUAUUGCUCGAACAACUCUGCACUACCUUCGAGGACGUCUCCAAGGAAGCCAUCACAUGGCUUGUUUACGCCGAAGAUGAGAGAAAAUUCAACGUCCCGGUUACCGUGACGCUACUCCGCAGCGGCCUCGUAGACAUUGCUCAACAAGAUCAGCAAUUAGCGAAGUUCCUGUACACUAAUCCUCGACCCACUUUGCUGGCCUUUGCAGUUGGAUUAAUUCGGGAAUGUCUGUCGGCCGAUCCCCCGGUUGCCUCGCAAACGCAAUUCAGCUACUCGCUGGAAAUACUUAGCCAACUUUCACAGUCAGGCAAAGGCAGCGACGAUGUGACUAGGCUCCUGAGCGAUCUCAAUAGGAUCAGGCGCCCACCUAGCUUGCCGAUUGAGAACCAACUUGUACGGCAGCUCGGAAAAGCUGAGACAGAUCAAGCAAGAGAAAAGUUAUUGACUUGGUUCCAACAAUGGAUUGGUAUCUUUCAACGGUCCACCAAUCCGGAGAAGAGCUUUGUUCCUUUCAUCACCCAGCUCACCAAGCAGGGCAUUUUGAAAGUGGAAGACAUGUCUUCAUUCUUCUUCAGGGUCUGCACCGAAGCCAGCGUCUCUCACUACAUCAAGUGUGUGUCGAGCGGUGACUACGAAUUCGCAUUCCAGGCCCUGGAUGCUAUGUCAAGGCUGAUCGUCUAUAUCAUCAAAUAUCACGGAGAUGCCUCUGGAGUCAACAACGACCAAGCGAAGGUUCAUUACUUGACAAAAAUCCUUUCUAUCUUUGUCCUCGUGCUCGCGAACAUACACGAGGAACAGGGGCCUUCUUUCCAACAAAAGCCGUUCUUCAGGUUUUUCUCCAGCCUCAUCAAUGAUCUCCACACCAUCGAAUCUAGUUUGGGCACAGCCUAUUUCCAACUCCUUGUUGCGAUCAGCGAUACCUUCAGCUCCCUUCAACCCACUUACUUCCCUGGCUUCGCUUUCUCCUGGAUGUGCCUCAUCUCGCACCGGUUGUUCAUGCCGAAGUUACUUCUCACUGAAAACCGCGAAGGAUGGUCUGCAUUCCACAAACUCCUCCUGUCUUUGUUCAAGUUCCUUUCGCCAUUCCUCAAAGAUUCCGAGUUACGAACAGCGUCGCGAGACUUGUACCGCGGCACGUUACGUCUCCUACUUGUCCUUCUCCACGACUUCCCCGAAUUCCUCAGUGAAUACUACUUCACCCUCUGCGACAUCAUCCCUCCUCGUUGCAUCCAGCUUCGGAACAUCAUCCUCAGUGCCUUCCCAUCCUCUGUCAUUCUCCCAGACCCCCACCUUCGAAAUGUCAAAUUCGAAGCUAUCCCAGAAAUGGGACCCAUCCCACCUAUACUCUCCGAUUUCGCAUCGGGCCUUAAGAGCGGCGAUCUUCGUUCCAAUCUCGACCAAUAUCUGCUCAAUCGAGGCAACCCUGCUUUCCUGACCUCCCUUCAGGAUCGCCUACGGUUACCUGUUGUGCCAGACAUGGCCACAGAGACCUACAAUUUGUCACUGGUCAACUCUUUGGUUAUGUACAUUGGCGUCUCCUCGGUUGCUCAAGCCAAAGCCCGAAGUGGGUCUUCGCUCUUCGUGGCGAGUGACCCCGGCGUGGUAGCCUUGCAGUAUCUCGCAACCAGCCUCGACGUUGAAGGCCAACACCACCUGCUCAGCUCGAUGAUCCUCCAUCUCCGUUACCCUAAUGCCCACACCCACUGGUUCAGCUCACUCCUUCUCCACCUUUUCUUGGAGGUGAAGGAUGCCCGCUUCCGUGAGGUCAUGACGAAAGUAUUGUUGGAACGCUUCAUUGCUCUCCGCCCUCAUCCUUGGGGUGCCCUCGUGACAUUCAUCGAGUUACUUCGCAACCCUAAGUACGAAUUUUGGAGCAUGGACUUCGUACGAAUUGCCCCCGAAGUCACUCUCCUCCUUGAGAGUGUAAGUUCACUGUCUACCUGA